AUGCCUCCCCCUACCAACCCCUCCCUCCACUGCUCCCCCUACCACCUCCUCCACAUGCCUCCCCACCUCCCCCUCCUCACAGUGCAUGCCCCUACCCCUCCCUCCCACAUGCCUCCCCCCUACCCCUCCCACAUGCCUCCCCCCUACCCCUCCCUCCCACAUGCCUCCCCCCUACCCCUCCCUCCCACAUGCCUCCCCCCUACCACCCUCCCUCCACAUGCCUCCCCCCCCUACCCCUCCACAUGCCUCCCCCCCUACCCCUCCCACAUGCCUCCCCCUACACCCUCCCCUCCCACAUGCCGCCCCCCCUACCCCCUCUCCUCCCACAUGCCUCCCCCUACCCCUCCCUCCCACAUGCCUCCCCCCUACCCCUCCCUCCCACAUGCCCCCCCCCUCCCUCCCACAUGCCUCCCCCCUACCCCUCCCUCCCACCAUGCCUCCCCCCCUACCCCCUCCCUCCCACAUGCUUCCCCCCUACCCCUCCCUCCCACAUGCCUCCCCCCUACCCCUCCCUCCCACAUGCCUCCCCCUUACCCUCUCCCUCCCACAUGCCUCCCCCUACCCCUCCCUCCCACAUGCCUCCCCCCUACCCCUCCCUCCCACAUGCCUCCCCCUACCCCUCCCUCCCACAUGCCUCCCCCCUACCCCUCCCUCCCACAUGCCUCCCUUUCCAAACAAG